UUCGACCAUACACUAUGGCCAGCAUGUUGCCGGUCGUCUCCACGGGAACAACACUUUUUGGUGUACACAUCACAACAGCGGAAGUGACGUCAUCAUUAAACAUCAGCGAUGAGGAGAAGAGACGUUAUCUGUCCCACCUUGACGACACGACGUUUCGCUUGAUGAUACCUGCCGUGGUAUAUCUGGCCAUACUGAUGGUUCUGGGUAUUUUCGGAAACAUCCUGGUGUUGAUUGUGUACCUCAAGAAAUUCAAACCAAGCCCGACCCGUGUGUUUGUAGUGUGUCUGUCUGUGUUUGACCUCAUGACCUGCUUCAUUUCACUCCCAGGAGAGAUCCUGGACAUGAGGUACAUCCAUACGUUCGACUACCCAAACGUAUGCAAGAUGCUGAGAUUCAACAAUUCGUUCUCCGUGGUGUCCUCGGGAUUCACGCUCAUAGCCGUUGCGAUAGACAGAUACAGGAAGAUAUGUCGACCAUUAAACACACAGAUUACCAUCAAAGUCGCCCGCAUCAUGGUUGGAAUCGCUGUGUCUGUAUCACUUGUCGUCACCAUCCCGGCAGUCAUAGUCUAUGGUAGAAAAACGGUCAAAACAGAUAAUGAGGAAAUAAACGGCUUCGAGUGUUCCAUUGACGACAGAUGGCGCGAUACUCUGUUUCCGUUGGUCUAUAUCGGAGUUUUAUUCCUCAUCUUCUUUGGUUCUCUGGGUAUCCUGGUGUUUGUGUACGCCUUCAUUGGCAGGACUGUUUUUAACCACCGGAGAUUCAAAUUCCGCCCAUCAAGGGAUACCGAACAUCACACUUCGAAUUACACCACUGAGACGUCAUUUGAAGAUGGUACAGUUAAGAACGGGAAGAAGUACUCUGGUAAUGAGAAGAAGUCAGAUAAAGGGAAGGGCAUCAGAUCUGCACGGCAGUCAUUCUGUAAAGUAUCGCCAUCCACAGUCUUUGGAGAUGUUUCCAAUUCAAAUCAUGGCUUCGAUGAUUCGUCCGAGACAAGUUGUUCAGAUGUGAAUGACACUUCAGCGAAACCCAAAACACGUAGUGCAGACAAAUGCCCGAACAGAGUGACAUCUACACGAAAAAAGGCUUCAAAACCACAAUCAGGACCUAGAGGGAUGAAAACAACAUUUAUGUUGUUCAUCAUCACAGCUGUAUUCAUCAUCAGCUUCUUACCUCAUCUGAUCCUGAUGAUAACUCGAUUUGUUAAAUCCGACUUUGAGAACUCUUUACAAGGAGCCGGGAUCAUGAUGUAUAAUAUAUUCCUACGCUCCUACUAUAUAAACAGUGCAGUUAACUGCAUUGUCUACAGUUUCUGCAACGAAAGAUUCAGAAAUGAAGCGAAGAAUUUAGCGGUCUCUUGUUUUCGUUGA